CAGCCUCUUUAUCUGCACACUCACAAUGCAUUUCACUCAUACACCGCAAAAGAUUCCUGUUCAUGUCACUGUGGUCUCCGUCGAAAAAGAGAUUUCAGUCUCAAGGGACUUCCUGGUUAAAUAAAGGGUUCACUGAUGUUCAGUGAUGUCUCUGCUGGUGUUCUCGGUUCCUCUGCUCUCGGCUGUGCUCGUGAUGACGGCUGUUUUCCGCUCUCCUCUGUUGGCUCUGUGCCGUCAGCUGUAUUCUGGCACACUGGGCCGUUCUCACAGGAAGGUGUGUGUCAGCUCCACUCACGCCUAUGUCUUCUCCAACUGCACCCACGGACAGGCUCAGAGUGUUCUGCUGACCUUCGACCUCUAUUCCGCCACACACUCCUCCUUCAACAUUGGCCCUCAGAAAGGUGAGUUCCUGGAUGAGAUUGUGAAGCGUGAAGCCCCGCGGAGGGUUCUGGAGUUGGGGACACACUGUGGGUACGCCUCAGUCAGGAUCCUGCGUCUGCUCCCUCCGUCUGGACAACUGCUGACUGUCGAGCUGGAUCCUCUGAGCGCAGACCGAGGCGAGGAGAUCAUACUAGUGUCAGGCUUCAAACACCAGCAGUUACAGGUUCUGACAUGCUCUUAGGCUGAGGCCAUCUCGUCUUUAAGCUCCCACACUGGGAAUGAUUGUCUGGAUCUGGUUCUAAUGGAUCAUGACCCUGAGCUUUAUCUUCAAGACCUGCUGGCCUUACAGAGAGGGAAUCUGCUCUCGACCUGCUGUGUUGUGUUGAUCAACCGAGCUCUGACGUCUGGAGCUCGAGCCCUUCUGGAGUACGUGACCGCCCGACCGCAGAGCUUCAGUGUGGGCAGACAACUCGACGGACUGAUGGAGAUACGCUGUCACACACCGCCUGAGUCCUGAGAGCCACAACUGAGUUUGCCGAACACGUCUGGUUUCGUUGUCCUGAAGUCAAUGGGUUUAAGGUGAAAUAAGUAAAUCCCUGAAAUAAGGUGUGGUUAACACAAGUUAAAGAUAGUUUCUUGUUUUAAUCUACGCCGAAAAGAAAAACUCCACUCAUCCACUCAUUAGUGCGUGAUUAUUAUAUGCCUGCUUAUGCUUAUGAUUUUGUCUUCUGAUAUGAUCUUGCUGUUUUCUUCCUAGUCG